GCUCAUACCUGCUAGUCACUUCUCUUUUGAUUGAUAACUACUAUCAUAGAUUAGUUGUCGCACUGGGCGGGCCAUGUUCUUCAUGAGCCUGCGCUUACAGCUUCACACUCCUCAUCCAUCAUCAUGUCGCCCGCUAUGCAAAAGAAGAAAGACGACCUAGGUGCUGGCCUCCGCGUCUCCAAGCAGAACAUUGAGAACCACCCUGCAGGACCUCCAAGGCAUGGCGAACUCACUCAGGCUGAGCGCGCAUUCACGCUCGCCUCCACUUUUCUCAGCGGCGUGUUGGCCAUAAGCGCAUCGCAGUUGCUGGGUGCGCCCUUGAAGCUAAUCGAUCCUGUCUUCUAUGAAGGCUACAUGGCCUACACUAAAGAGUGUUUUGCUGUCCUCAUUACUUGCUUGACGCAAUGGUGGGCUCCGACAGUCGUGCGCGUGAGCGGCGAUUCCAGCAUGCUUGGCCAAUUGACCAGGAAGCCAGAUGGAAGUCUAGAGUGUAAGUUUGAGGAUCGCCUACUUCUCAUGGCAAAUCAUCAGCUUUACACUGACUGGCUUUACCUCUGGUGGAUUGCCUACACCAACAACAUGCAUGGCUUCGUCUACAUAAUCCUCAAGGAGUCACUCAAACACAUACCCAUAAUUGGAUGGGGUGCACAAUUCUACAACUUCAUCUUCCUCUCGCGGAAAUGGGAACAAGACGAGCGGACAUUCAAACAACACCUUUCCAAACUCAACAAACCCAAUGAUCCCAUGUGGUUGAUCAUAUUUCCCGAGGGAACCAAUCUGUCUGCUUCGACUCGAGAGAAAAGCCAACAGUGGGCCAAGAAGAACGGACUGAAGGAUAUGAAGCAUCAACUUCUGCCCCGCAGUACGGGCCUGCGAUUCUGCCUGAACGAGCUUGAGGACACAACGAAAUGGUUGUAUGAUUGCACGAUCGCGUAUGAAGGUGUCCCUGAUGGACAAUUUGGUCAAGACAUCUUCACCCUUCGCUCGUCAUUCUUUGAGGGCCGACCUCCCAAGUCUGUCAACAUGCACUGGCGACGCUUCCAUAUCGACGAUAUUCCCAUCAAGAAUACCAAAGCUUUCGAAGUAUGGCUGCGCAACCGAUGGAGGGAGAAAGAUUACAUGCUUGAAUACUUCCGCCGAAACAAUCGCUUUCCCGCCGAAGAUUUCUGGAAGGAACAUCUUGACAUGGGAAGCUCUGGAAGUCAAAGUCUCCGUAGCGUUCCACGCCCGGCCAUCACCAUUGAGACAGAGGUCAAGUCUGGCAAUUGGAAUGAGUUCAUCAAGAUUUUUGCGCCGAUCAGUAGUGUGAUGAUGGCACUGACAGUUGCCUACGGUGCAAAACCAGAUGAAAUUCUUGGACCUGGCGGCAUGGAAUUCCUGGAGAAGAACAUGAAGGCCAUAUUAGCGGGGGGCGAAAUAGAGGUGACGGGGCUUCCAGGCCCUGAAGAAAUAGGAAAGUUGAUCGAAAGUGCUUCGAAGAUAGGGGCCAUGCAGGCUAAAGGACCUCAAAGCCAGGGCAAAGGCCACCAGUUGACUCAAGAAAAUCUUGCGAAAUUGGUCAAAGAGACUGCUCUCAAAAAUGGCAUGAUGCCUGGCGGGUUGAGAAGGGCCAGCACGGCGCUUCCAGCUGUUACAGCGCCACCAAAUGCGCCAUCAAAGGCAUCAAACAGGCUGCCUACAAGACCAAAGAGCACCGCAACCGUACCAAAUACUAGCAGAAAACCAGCAGGCACAGUCAAGAAAACGCCCACUCCGAUUAAGACAAAGGCGGCUGCUGCCACAGGCCCAACCCAGACGGUUAUGACAAGUUCUGGGGUUAUGAUCAAAAUACCAAAACCGCAGGUUGAAGAAGCCAAGAAGACGGGGACAAUUGUCACCAAGAACGGACUCGUCAUCAAACUGGGAAAGGACGAGAUUGAGGAAGCUCAGGCCAAAAAAGGCACAACUAUUAUGACUUCAUCGGGGGUACCUAUCAAGAUCUCACCAAGCGGAGACAUCACACUGCAGCCAAAGACUGGUAGAGCGCAGCAGGCGAAAAAGUCACCGCUCGGUACGAAAGUGCCAGCAGCAUCUCCAUCGACGCCGAGGUCUUUGGAUGCUGUGAAAAAGCAACAGCCACCAGCAAGCAAGACGCCCGCUGCACAGCAGAGCACCAAUUCCCGACCGCCAGUGAAGAAAACCCAACUACAGACAAGUGUCAACAACAAGCCGAGUACUGUGAAUAGCCCAAAGACACCCAGUACGGUGAAAACGCCAGUCAAGAAACCCGUUCCUUGAUUGACAUGGGCAAAAGACCUUGUGGUGCAAUUGACAUCUUUCAUAGCGCAUACAGUAUAUUUUGCGCAUCUUAGCUUUAAAGCUUUGCUUCAUAAGAUACCUGUAUUUACAUUCGGCAGGAUAGCCAUUGGACAUUGAUAAUUUUUGUUGGUGCGAUAGAGGGUAGGGCAUGGUGAUAUGAGAGCAUACGGAUGAUAUAGUAGCAAGGAUUCGACCACAUCAGGUCAAAUGUAAAAUAUUUCAAGAUGUUUCUUCGUUUUAUAUCUUAGUUAGAGUAGGCAUCUAGCACCGUGCAGUUGCCUCCUCUCGAACCGCGAGUACCAGCACCUUUUCGUACGAGGUACAGUAAAUACGGACUAC